AUGGCGUUUUCUCUGAGAGACAAUCCAAGAGCCAUGAACCGCUGGGACUCGGACACUCCGGCUCUGUCCACUUGCAGCAAUGCAGACAUCUUUCGCAGGAUGAACACCAUGCUGGGUAACUCCUUGGACCUUACUGGUGUAUGCUCCACUCCAACGCCCAGUGCCAAGGCCAAGAGGGACUCCAUAAUGGAUCGGGCCGACUCUGAUCUGUGUGCUGCCCGGAGCAGGAUGCUUUUCUCCAGUAACGGGCAGGAGUCGCCCCGUGCUCUGCCCGACGUGUCUGAGCUGGGUCUGGGCCUGCAGUCCCUCAGCCUGUCUGGUUGGGAGAGACCAUGGAGCAGCCAGGACUCGGACUCACCUGGCCAAAACGGCAACACUUCCAUGCUGGGGAUGAUGGGAAGUCCUCUCUCCCAACUUUUGAACAAGCCUCAGAAUUACAGCUCCAGUGAGUCCAACACCGGAGCUUCAGAUUUCUUUGAGAAGUUCCCGACGCUGGCUCGCCUGAACUCGCGCUCGCUGCUCGACUCUCACUCCAGCAGCCCGGUGGACUCUGAGACCAGUGGCUUCAGCUCCAGCUCUGAUCACCUCUCCGACCUGCUCUCGUCUCUGAGGAUCUCGCCCUCCCUGCCCUUUAUACCCAGCAUGCCGAAGGACCCGCUCAAAUUGAGUCUUGGUGCUCGUUUGGACCAUGACGGCUCUCUUCUGACCCCCUCACCCAGCACUACCCCAGGCAGCGUGUCCCGCCGCUGGCCUGGAGCCUCGGUCUGGCCUAACUGGGACCUGCUGGAGACCCCUGACAAUCUGUUCAGCAUUGAGAGAGAGGCGCGUCUCCACAGACAGGCUGCAGCCAUAAAUGAAGCCACGUUUACAUGGAGUGGUCAACUGCCCUCCAGGAACUACAAGAACCCAGUUUAUUCAUGCAAAGUUUUCCUUGGUGGUGUACCAUGGGACAUUACUGAAGCUGGUCUGAUCACCACUUUCAACUGCUUUGGCUCUCUGAGUGUUGAGUGGCCUGGUAAGGAUGGUAAACAUCCUCGCUGCCCACCCAAAGGUAGUAUGCCUAAAGGGUACGUGUACCUGGUUUUUGACUCCGAGAAGUCUGUGCGAGCUUUACUGCAGUCCUGCACCCAGGAUCUCCUCCAUCCUGAGGGGUACAGUGAAUAUUACUUCAAGAUGUCCAGCAGGAGGAUGCACUGCAAGGACGUCCAGGUGAUUCCGUGGGUCAUAUCUGACAGUAAUUAUGUGCGUGGCUCUCAGAGGCUGGACCCCACCAACACCGUAUUUGUUGGAGCGUUGCAUGGCAUGCUUAACGCAGAGGCACUUGCGAGUAUCAUGAACGAUCUCUUUGGGGGCGUCAUCUACGCAGGCAUAGACACGGACAAGCACAAGUACCCCAUAGGGUCUGGACGAGUCACGUUUAAUAAUCAGCGUAGUUACCUGAAGGCUGUGGGGGCGGCAUUCGUAGAGAUUAAGACGCCCAAGUUUACCAAAAAGGUUCAGAUCGAUCCCUACUUGGAAGAUUCCAUGUGCCAGGUUUGCAGUCGCCAGCCCGGACCCUUCUUCUGCCGAGACCAGGCGUGCUUUAAAUAUUAUUGCCGCUCCUGUUGGCACUGGCAGCACUCCAUGGACAUCCUGAGGAACCACCGUCCUCUCAUGAGGAACCAGAAGAACAGGGAUUCCAGCUGAACGCCUGGUACGGGACAGCAGCACCGUUUCUGCCUGGACCACGCCUCCCGGGCACAGUUCCGGCGCCAGGCCCGCAGCAGGCGCCCCCUGGAGCGUGGAGCUGCUCACAUGCUGUAGAAAGUUCUCGGGCACGUCUUUAUUUUUUUGGCUUGUUCACUUCUGCACU